AUGCCGAGAUCGGAGGAGGACACGAUCCGCAUCCUCGUCUCAACCGAUAACCAUGUCGGUUAUGGGGAGCGCGAUCCCGUCCGCAAGGAUGACAGUUGGAUGACAUUUGACGAGGUCAUGCAGAUAGCAAAAAAGCAGGAUGUCGACAUGGUCCUACUCGGCGGUGAUCUUUUCCACGAGAACAGGCCUUCCCGUAAAGCCAUGUACCAGGUUAUGCGCUCUCUUCGCAAACAUUGUCUUGGCAUGAAGCCAUGCGAACUCGAGUUUCUCAGUGAUUCUGCUGAAGUUUUUGAAGGGGCCUUUCCCUAUGUCAACUACGAGGAUCCCGACAUCAACGUCGCCAUUCCGGUCUUCUCUAUCCACGGCAACCACGACGACCCAAGCGGUGAUGGCCACUACUGCUCCCUUGACCUACUUCAUGCCGCCGGUCUCGUCAACUAUUUUGGCCGUGUACCCGAGGCAGACAAUAUCCAUGUCAAGCCCGUCCUAUUGCAGAAGGGAAGGACGAAGAUGGCUUUGUACGGAUUGAGCAACGUCCGUGAUGAGCGUAUGCACAGGACCUUCAGAGACAACAAGGUCAGGUUCUACCGGCCGAACCAGCAGAAGAACGAUUGGUUCAACCUUUUAGCUCUUCACCAGAACCAUUACGCGCACACCGCUACCGGCUACGUGGCAGAGAAUAUGCUUCCUGAUUUCAUGGACUUGGUAGUCUGGGGCCAUGAACACGAGUGUCUUAUCGACCCUGUACGAAAUCCGGAGACCGGAUUCCACGUCAUGCAACCGGGCUCAUCAGUUGCCACCUCACUAGUUCCGGGCGAGGCUGUGACGAAGCAGGUCGCCAUCCUCAACAUUACAGGCAAGAAGUUCGAGGUCGAGAAGAUACCACUCAAGACAGUACGACCCUUUGUCACAAGAGAGAUUGUCCUAUCCUCAGACAAGCGGUUCAAGGGCCUGGAGAAGAAGCCCAAUAACCGCCCUGAAGUUACCAAGCGACUGAUGGCAAUUGCAGACGAUGAUAUGGAGCCACCAUUGCCGCUUAUUCGAUUAAAGGUCGACUACUCAGCACUGGAAGGGGCCAACUACGAAAUCGAGAACCCGCAACGAUUCUCCAACAGAUUUACGGGAAAAGUCGCCAACCGGAAUGAUGUGGUCCACUUUUACCGUAAAACCAAAUCAUCAAGGAAAACAAUUGUAGCUGCGCCAGGCAUGUCUAUGUCCGAGAGCAUCGCGGACUCGUUUUCCGAGUCCACCGAAACCGUCAAGGUCGACAAAUUGGUUCAAGAUUUCUUUGCCCAACAAUCCCUUAAGAUCUUGCCGCAAGCACCAUUCGGCGAUGCGGUCAAUCAGUUCGUCAGCAAGGACGAUAAGCACGCGCUGGAAAUGUUUCUCAUGGAGUCUCUAUCCACCCAAGUGAAGGGUCUCCUUCAGCUCGACGACGAGGAGAUUGUCGACCUCGACGCACAUAUCGAUGACUUCAGAAAGGUUAUGGAGAAGAACUUUGAUUCUGGUCAGCACAAGCAAUUCCAGCGCAAGAAGCGGUUCAAGGAGAAGCCUGACGGCUGGGAUUCCGAUCUGGAUGGCCACUGGAUCGACCAACCACAGGCACUCGAAGAAGUUCCGGCUGAGGCCGAGCCCAAAGGACGCGGUAGACCGGACAAGAAAACACCAACGUCAGGGGUCACAUUCAGUGACGAAGAUGAGAACAUGGACAUUGACAACCAACCUCUUCCGACCAGAGCGGCACCGAAACGGGGAGCAGCGGCCAAAACCACAGCAGCAGCAGCGAAGAAAGCAGCCCCUGCCAAGAAGGCCGCAGUAGCAAAGAAGGCAGCACCAGCCAAGAAGGCACCUGCAAGAGGUCGCAAGAAGAAAACCCCAUUUGUAGACAGCGACGAGGAAGAGGAAGUGGACUACCAGGAGGAUGAAGAAGAAGAAGAAGAGGAGGAUGAGGAGGAAGAUGUGGUCAUGGUAGAUGACGAAGAGGAUCCGCCAGCGCCACCACCGAAGUCCAAGACCACGUCAAGGGUCGCAUCUACACGUGCCUCUGCUCGUGCUAGUGCUACUCCUGCUCGAGGUACGCCGGCUCGUGUUGCACCUGCCAACGCUACCCAGACACGGGCUACUCGUGCGGCGGCCGGAAGAAGCAGACGACACUAA